GGGUGUUCAUUCUGGGCGUGGGACACAGGCAGGGGUCGCAUCUCGGCUCCCGCUGAUCUCGGCGUCAACAACAUCACAACUCUUUGGGGCGGGGUCGAGCGCAGUCGUCAAUCUCAGGGAAGUCGUGGAUCAAGAGGAACUCUCCAACCCCUGUCCUUGAAUAAGACAGAUUCAUACUAUGCUCUACGCCACACUACUGUUGCUUCUCGCAGUUUCUGCGGGAAGGGCUGACGAGAAUGACCCCCAGGCAAAGGCCACUGCAGAAGUGUUGUCGAAGUUGGAGCUGUCUGAUGCUCAAGUGAGACCAUCGGUUAAUAAUGAGCCGACCACAGCGAAGGUACAAGCCUACGUGAGGAACAUGGACGUCGAUGAUGUUGACAUGAAAAUCACUCUUGACAUGACAUUCCGGAUGCGCUGGAACGACCACCGUUUGGCAUUUGAUGUACCAGAGGUUAACAACGUGGUGGUAUUAAACCCAAAGAUGGCGUGGCUCCCAGAUGCCUUUUUCAAGAACGCCUUCACCACCCAGUACAAGUCGGUUCAUCCAGAAAACUACCUCCGGGUGUACCCUGAUGGAAACGUCACGUACAGCACGAGGUUGAGUGUAGCCCUUAGCUGUCCCAUGAAUUUGGUUCGGUUUCCCCAUGACACUCAGGAAUGCCAGAUGCAGAUUGCCAGUUAUGGCUACACUACAAAGGACUUGAUUUUGGUAUGGAGAGAAGAGACACCUACGGAAAUUAGUCAGUUCCUUCAUGGCGGAAGAUUUUCUCUCGAUCGAUUCGACACAGGUUACUGCAACUCGAGAACCUCUACAGGCGACUAUUCCUGCGUCAGCGUCUCGGUGGUCAUCAGACGAGAUUUCGGAGCCUACCUGCUGGAGUGGUAUCUGCCCACCAUCUUCCUCAUUGGCGUGGCAUGGUUCAGCUUCUUCAUUCCGUUCGAGCAGUUCUUGGGACGCCUCCUCCUCACUCUCAUUCCACUCAUCAGCUUGGCAUCGUUCACGAACACGUUCACCAAAGGCCUGGCCUCCGUCCCCUACAUCAAGGCCUUCGAUAUUUUCACCGGAUUCUCUCUGUGCGUCAUCUUCCUCACUCUGGUCCACGUCGUCGUCUGCUACGUUAAGGGUCUCAAGUCAAACUAUAAUGUGACAGAAGGGAAGAGCGAUGAUCCGGAAGAAGGCGCCGCCAAGAACGUCGAAGUUGAGGAAACGUCAGGAUUCAAGAGAGUUCUGCAGAAGGCCAAGGGAAAGGCAGAGUUCCUGUCCCGCACUUUCCUCGUGGGUUUCUACAUCGCCUUCCUCUUCGUGUACUUCGCUGCCUACUGUGGCACUGGUUAGAAUAUAGACAGCCGUUGCGCAUCCAGUAAGAAAGACACUGGAGAGACAGAGAGUAAUGCCUAUUAUUUCUCGUCCAUCAGAUAAGGCCUGAUCUUAGUACUACGAUCUUUUCAUAGUCUCAUAUCCAUCUGUUUCUUUGAUUAUAAAGUUCAAGUGAUAACUUUUUAAACAUUCGAACAACAUUUUGUGUUGGUUGAUUCAGUCAUUUGGUGAGGUUGUAGCUACACGGAAUUGCCGAGUUUUUUUUUUUUUUUUUUUUUUUCCUUUUUUAUUUGCAAGGCACUCUUCAUGAAACUUUUGAUAAACGUACAAAAUAAUCAGUUAUAAAAUGAAUAUUUAGUUAACCAAACUUAGGUAUUUCCAAAAUUUAGACCGCAGUGAAAGAAUGCAAUAUUUUGUACACUAUUAAAAGAGACUUUCUUGCAUAAUGCACGCCUCAUGUUCCCAGCACGGUGAAACGAAUAGCCCAUCUUGAGGUUAAAUUUAAAGAGGGUUAAUUAUGCGCCUGAAAGCAAAAAUGUCUUAUUCUUCGCUCAUACCCGUAAUUAGAUAAAGCACAGCUGUUCUAUUGUUACCUGUAACUUUUCUCGUAAUGCAAAGCAAUUUGCAUUGGGCGUUUGUUGUAACUUCAUCUCCUAAUUGAGGUUUGAAACAGUCCAACAGUUUUGUUUCUCCAAAAAAUAAUUGUGUCAAAGUCUUCGCAGGAAACCGGAUCAGUGCCCGUUAAGUAAUAAAGUUAUUUUAAUUUUGGCAUUUUUGAAUGAGGACUUCAUUUAAAUCGUACUGAAACUAAUUUAAGGAUCACAGCCACCGCAGACGAAGUCCUAUUUACUGACAUCAAAUUCCUUCUUUAGUGGCACAGGAUGUUCCGUAAUUGUGCAGUAAAUCGUUGUUACAUCAUAUAACUUUGAACAUUCCCUUGUUGUUCUCAGAGAUCGCAGUGUUCAGUUGGCUGUUGAUGCCUGUGUCAAAACUUGACAAUCUUAUGAAACUUUGACCGUUUGUAAGUAGGCGUUACAUUUGUAUAUUAACUUUUAAGCAUCUGUUAUAAAGCAAAUUAUAUUUGUUUGUAUUCUAAUGAUGUGUGUCUGGGACUGUAUGCGUACUGCGAAGUGCAUUUUAUACAUUUUUUUUAUAUUAAUGCCAUGAACUUAACUGGAACAAUCUUCCAUAGACCAAUAGACCUGAGUAACAACACAAAGAAGAUAGAGGUAAAGUUAAAUACAUCCAUCUUGGUAAAAAAAAAACUGAUAAGCAAAUAGAUAAUUAUGAAAAAAAGGGUGCAUAAAUAUUGAACAAAAGAACACAUGAAAAGACUGCGCCUAGAUUGGCAGUGAGUAGGUCUUGUGAAAUUAUGGCGUAGACUUGAGAACAACCGUGGGUUUGAUGGCUGGACACAUGUCAUUAGAAAAAAAUAUAAAAUAUUUAGGAACAUUGAAUGUUAAACUAACCAUCUCUUUCGUCUUCUAAUGUGCCGAAAACUGAUGUAUACUUACCUGCCCAGUUCAAAUUUUGUAACUAACUUUUUUUAAUCUUAAUUUUUCAUUUUUAGGUAUAGGACAAAAAUAAUUCGUCGAGAAAAAGGGAGGUGGCUAUUAAACAUGAACAUUUCCAGCUUUUGAACCGUUUUCAGUUAACUUAUAUCUUUGCAACUGUUAUGUCAUUCUCUCUCCACAGAUAGCUGUCCCAUUUUUAAAAGUAAGUGAAUGCUCAGUCGUGAUAUAUUCAUAAUUUCUUAUCAUUUAUCAAGGAGCAAUUUACAUAUUUUACAAUAUUUUUCCUAAACUUACAUCCCGUAGCUUCUCGGAAAAGAUUAGAGAUGUAUAUUGCUUCUAAAGUGUGUUAAAGUGUAGAUAGAUAUUGUAUCUGUUGAGCCUGUAGUGUAAUUUGUUACUUGGGAGACAAGUUUUUUUUUUUUUUUGUAUCAUAUUUGCUUCCUUCUCGUAGUUGAUGUUGCACUAGAACUUUAGUAUUCCAUUCUUCAUGAUUCUGAUUUCUCUGACAAAACAAAUCAGUGUGCCUCUCUUUGGAGCUUCGGUCCUUAAAUCUGGUCAUUUAAGUUAAGCAGGUGUUAACUGUGUAGCUUAAUUUUCAUCUGACUAAAUACAAAUUGUUGCAAUUUAAGAUGUGUCCUUUGGUUGAUAGAAAGAGGAGGAUGACUUGUUCACUUCCACUUUGAUAUAUUUAACAGAAGUUUUAGAAUUAGUUGCAUUAUCUUUGAAACCAUUUGAUAGUUAGAGAGAAAGCAUUAAUGACUGUAAAUUGUCUGUAUGUAUAGUGAAAUAAAGAGUAUAAAUAUUUA